AUGGCCAGUCGAGCUAAAAUGUUCAAAGCUUUAGUUGCAGUGGCUGCUGUUGUUGGAGUGAUCCUGGCAUCAACAAUUAGAACGAACCUUUCUUGGAACGUUUCGUCUUUGAUUUACGAAACAAACUGGAGCCCUAUUACCUCUCGACAACGUGAAAACUACUGGACAAUUCCUGGAGAUAGUUUACCAUUGCUUCCAGGGGCAAAUUCCAGCAUUGAAAUAUACAUAGAUCUGAAGAAAUUUCGAGAGCAAGUAAUAAAACAACAUAAGGAAUGCCAGGGUUUAAGAGAAUAUCCUUCCUCAAUGUUCAAAAGCCAGCCCUCCAACACUACAAAGUUUACAGCUGAUAUGGAUAGAAAGCGAAUUGAGCUUGCAUUUAU